CGUCAGUGGCCGACUGUGGGAGAGAGGGAGGGAGACGGAUUCUGGCUUCUUUUCUCCGACUUCUGCCUCCUCCCUUUCCUCGCGUUUCUUUUGCCUUUUUUCUCGCUCCGCACCCAUUUCUCUCUGUCCCUCUGUCCUACCUGGUACUGAUCCUGUCUCUCCCUGCAGUCUUUAUUCCUCUGUCCUACAUCCACAGUCGCUACUGUCUGUCCUCCUCUUCCUCACCGAUGGCUACCUGACAGUGAGCUUCUCCCUCCGCCGUCUCUCUUUUCCUCUCCCACUCUCUUUUUCAACACCACCCUUCUUUGCCUCCCCUGAGUUUCACCCCCAUCUUUACUUUGAUCUUUCCUCUCCGUGCACCUGUCCGCCAUCCAUCUGUUUUCUUUUGUUUCGAGCAUGCCAGUGCUGGAGGGGCUUUGGGGCCCAGAUCUCAGGAUGCGGGACUCCGGUCUAGGUGUUGGGGUCGAGGUCGGGGUCUGUCCAGAUGAGGCUCCCCGCUCACCGGUCUGGGGGCCUCUCAGGAUGCCCCCGGUGACAUGCGGGGGUCUCUCACUGGCCCUGGAGCUACCCACCCUCAUACGGCAGCUCAGGGCAGCCUGGAGGGCUCGCAGGGGAGGCCCCCUGGGGCCGGAGAGGAGUCAGGCGAGCGCUUGGGGGGAAGCAGAGAAAGAAGAGUUAGAGGAAGUGAAGCAUGGCAUACAGGCCAGGAGCACGCAUCUGGAAGCUGAUGGCAGGCUGAACACUGGUCAUGCUGGUGUGUUGCUGGUUGAGAGACGAGGCUCCUACCCGCUGAUUGACCUGCGAAUCCUCAAAACCAGUGCCCAGCAGGGGGAGGUAGAGUCAGGCACCAGGAGAAAGGUGAAGCGUCUGCUGAGCUUUCAGAGAUACUGCCACGCCUCCAGGCUGCUCAGGGGGUUGGUGCCCCACACCCCCGGGUCGCUGCACCUCCUGGACGACGAUUACCUGGGACAGGCUGCGCACAUGCUAUCAAAAGUAGGCACCUGGAACUUUGACAUUUUCCUCUUCGAUCGUCUUACAAAUGGUAACAGCCUGGUGACUCUGAUGUGCCAUCUCUUCAAUGUCUAUGGUCUCAUUCACCACUUCCAGCUGGACAUGGUCAAACUGCACAGGUUUCUCGGCAUGGUGCAGGAGGACUACCACUCCCAGAAUCCCUAUCACAAUGCUGUUCAUGCUGCAGAUGUCACUCAAGCCAUGUACUGCUACCUGAAGGAGCCCAAGCUGGUGGAGCAGCUGAGUCCUCUGGAUGUCUUCCUUGGUCUGAUGGCGGCAGCCGCCCACGAUGUGGACCAUCCCGGAGUCAACCAGCCCUUCCUCAUCAAGACCAGACACCACCUGGCGUCCCUCUACCAGAACACGUCUGUGCUGGAGAGCCACCACUGGAGAUCCACUGUGGGCAUGCUGCGAGAGUCUGGACUGCUGUCCCAUCUGCCCGCUGACAUGUCGCAGGACAUCGAACAGCAGCUAGGCUCUCUCAUCCUGGCUACAGAUAUUAGCAGGCAGAAUGAGUUCCUGCUGACCUUCAGAGAACAUCUGGACAACCAGGACCUGGACCUCCAGCUGGCUUCACACAGGCACUUUAUACUGCAGAUCGCUCUGAAGUGUGCAGACGUCUGUAAUCCAUGUCGGGUUUGGGAGCUGAGCAGACAGUGGAGUGAGAGGGUGUGUGAGGAGUUCUACAGGCAGGGUGACCUGGAGAGAAAGUUCGACUUGGAGAUUAGUCCUCUGUGUAACCAGCAGGCUGACUCUGUGCCAGCCAUUCAGACAGGGUUCAUCUCCUACAUUGUGGAGCCUCUGUUCGAGGAGUGGCACCGCUUCACCGAGCCCAGCCCGCUCAGCCAGACCAUGAUGGGUCACCUGCACAAGAACAAGGCCCGCUGGAGCCGCCUACGAUACGCACAGACCCCUUCAGAGGCCGAGGAGUUCCAGCCUGAAGGAGGAGGAGGAGGAGGAGGAGGAGAGGGGGCAGACAUCCCUUAAUCUUCCUCUUGUUUCUUGAGGUGUUUCAUCUUCCUUUGUGAACGGAGGAGGAGGAGUGUUUAUCCACCUCGCGUCGUCCUCCAGCAUGUUUUCUCCCGCUGCAGGCUCUGAAGGUGGGCGCACUGGAUGGGAGGCUUGGAAUCAUGAGAAAUGGCUCCCUCUGCUGGAGCCGAGGACUAAAGAAGAUGGAGAAAAAUUCGUAGUUUGGCAGAUGGAUGGAUGGAUCUAAGUAAAAAAAAGCCAACAUAACAAUGUCACGCCUUCCUCUUUACCCCUGUGAUAUCUGCUUCAAAGUGUCUACGAAGGCUGAUGAUAGAAGAGGGAUUGAUGAAGAUGUAUUUGACCAUUGCUGCUAGAACAAUAAUGACAUUAAAAAGCCAAAAUUAUAUACAGCAGGACUGUGCUGGAAAAGAUCAAAUAUAUGAAAGAAAGAGGAAUAUAUGAAUAUAUCCACUAUAUUAUGCUUUUUAAACUUUCAGACAAUACCUACUGUAUUAAGCUCUUUUCACUUUGUCUCUUUUUGUACAGCUUGCACUUCUGUCGGAUGCUCUUUCAUACAAGUGUCUCACUAGUCUACUUUUCACUGAAGUGGGUUCUUAACUCGAGCACUAACUUGUUAUGUCAAGGUACUGUAAACUGUACCGUGUUAUUCUGCGUGUAACCCGCAGGACUGACUGAACUGACGCAGAGUGGCUUCAGAUGGACUCAGCGACGGGGAGAACACAAUUGAGAGCCAUUUUUUUUAAAGUGUUCAUGUAAUGUUACAAACAGUAUAAUGUGAUUUUACGGUGAUGUCCAACCUCAGCACUUCACAUGCCAAAAUGUCAGCAAAGUUUUAACCUUACUGGGUAUGGAUUUUGGGAAAUAUAGCUCUGACACUGGUGUUACCUUUGUAAAAACUUAAUGGGUGCAAUUGUUUAUCCGAUGACCUCACUUUACAAGCUCAUUUACAACAAAGCCUUAACAGCAACUUGGUCUGUCUGUGAAACACAUUUUGUACUGGCGUUUUAUCAUUUUCUGGACAAGCUUUCUUACAACAAUGGUUUCUGCCUGUUUUUCUUCAGCCAUACCAGCAUACUGGAAAACACACACUCACAGUACUGUAGCAGCUCAUUUCCUGUUUCAUCUUUCACCCAGUACGGUCAGAUUGGGUCUUACACCCAAUCAGCAUUGCCAAGGUGCCAAUGUACUGUUCUGACACAUCAACUCACAGCUCUGUGGCCUCUCUAAGGUGUUGCUAUUACUCUACACCUGCUGCAGGCACUGGGUGCACUGUAACUUAUGUCAUGAACAGACUUGGGCCAAUUAGUAAUUGCAAAUACCUCUAAUUCUAAUAUCUAAUUCAUUAUAUUGCACAGUCAGUGUCAUGGCAAUGAAGAUGUCUAUUACAGAAGAGUAAAAUACCAUCAUCAAAUUAAAUAGAACUUAUCUCAUUCAUCUAUAGAAUUCAAAUCAUUUAUAUCUAUAAUCUCAACAGUGAAACUGAUCCACAUCGAGCAAACAUAACCUAAAACCAAGCAUAAAAAGUAUUUGUAAAUACUUCUUGGUCUGUUUUGAAGUUGCUCUGCUCUAAAUCUGUAUAGUUAGAGUUGUCACACGUCUGGAACGGUGCUAACAGAGGCCCAGGCUCCACGUCUUCCCUGAGCUGUAGAGGAAUAACCUGAGCUUUAUGAUUCUAACAACCCAGCCAACACACAGUAUAUUCUACAUGUAAUGUGCUUUUUAUAAUAUUUACAAGUCAUGUUCAUAGAAUAUGUAAAAUAUAUAUAAAUAUAUGAUAAUGAAUUUCUUGGACACUUUUUAAAAAGUAAAGCCUCGUCUAUGCGGUGCAGUGCAAUAAGGUUAAGAAAAUGGACUUGUUCAUAUCUAUGGAUAGCUCUGGUAAUAAAUAAGCGAAGUAUUCAUAUGUCUUUACUGGCACUCCAUUGGCUUUGCUGAAACCACCGCUGUAUGUAAGCCUUGUGAAGUGCACACUGUUCUGUGGAAGUCACACAUUGCUGCUGUAGUGCAGCCGAGUCGAGACAGGAGGCCUCAGGCUGCCUUUCAAUACCUCUCAGAAUCAGCACUGAAACAAGGCCACUGAGCCAUACCGGUUUCACUAUUAAAUACAAAUAUUUUUAACCUCUCUAUGCCAGAAUGAUUAUUACACAUAAUUAUUGUCUUAUUAGAAGGAUGUUAGUCUCAUAAAAUUAGUGAACUUUGUGAAUUCAUUCAGGCCCAGCUCGUAGCAGAUAUACAGCACAGUAGUUUCUAUCAUAAAACCAGACACAAAGAGUGGACAGAAUUUUAACAGAAAUACCAACAUGUAUGUAAACUAUAAAAGUUCUUUGUCCUUAUGCACAGAGGUGGAGGUCUGUUUCCACUUAUUGCCCCCUUAAAGGGUCAUGCAUGUUCAAAGGUAACCACUGUGUAACUAAUGGUGCAUUUCACCCCAGAUGUAACAGCGCUGUAGUAUAAUUUAAGUCAGAUUCUGAACACGCCACAGUGGAGAAAAUGUUUGUCAUCGUUCUGGAGCUUCUCAUCAUGAUCUUAAUGAUCCCAGCUGUUGUGCAAGUUUUACAUGUUCUCAUUUCCAUUUUCUCUAAAUACUUCAUGUCCAUAUUGGCUCAAAGCUGCUGUUCAAAGCUAAGAAUUAGUUAAGAAAUUUAGUCCAUUUAGUAGCUCUUUUUGGAGCCUUGAAUCAUAUCGCAUACUCUUCAUCAGCAGGAGGAGUUUGCCCAGUUGUCAUUUAAUUGUAGGUGUUCUGUUCUCUCUGCGUACAGACUUUUACUGAAGGCAGGAGAGAGGCUAGCUACCUUAGAGACUGAUGUCUUUGGAGGAAAAAGUAACCUUCUUAGUAAUUAUCAUUAACACUUCCAAUGAAGCCUACGAUAGCCAAAUUUGAUUCUUGUACUCUCUAUAUUAAUAAUCCCAACUAACUGUGCACCUGAGAGAAUAGACAUGUUUGCACUAUGGUCUAUACAGUGAUCCAAACAAGACUUACACUGAAUCUUAAUCUCUGUAUUUUGGUGUUUGGGUGGGUCAUGUGACUUCUUGACUGUAUAUUUCUGUUCUGACAACCAGCCUCUGAGCACUGUGAACAAUACAAUAAAUGUUUUUUUUAUUUUAACA